AUGGCGACUCGGAUGUCUGCUCCAGGCGAUACAAAGCCCAUUUUACGCCCAAGCUCCACAUGCUCGUCACCGACCAAACGAAGUAGCAAAAAAGUCGUCAUCAUUGGUGCCGGUGCGGGAGGUACCGCUCUCGCCGCGCGUCUCGGUCGUCGAGGCUACUCUGUCACAGUCCUCGAGAAGAACUCGUUUGGCGGCGGACGAUGCUCGCUCAUCCAUCACGAUGGACAUCGAUGGGACCAAGGUCCUUCGCUGUACCUGAUGCCCGAGAUCUUCGAGUCGUGCUUCAAAGAUCUCGGCGAGGACAUACGAUCGCACAUCCGUCUGCAUCAAUGCAAUCCAGCCUAUCGAAUCCACUUUGCUGAUGGCGAGAAAAUGAUGCUCUCCUCCAACUUGUCUCAGAUGGGCGAAACGCUGAACUUUUUCGAGAAGCGCGCGGGCAACAAGCAAGACCCCUUGACCAACUUUUUGACAUUUCUCAAAGAGGCAGGCGAGAACUACGAAGAGUCGAUCAAGCACGUCUUGACCAAAGACUGGAGCGCAUGGUGGGCGUUUUUUCGACCAGAACUGUUUCCAAUGCUGUGGAAGACAAAGGGUUUGAGGAUUUACUCGACACUUUACGAUAGGACGACCAAGUAUUUCAAGUCGAGACAUGUGAGGAGAGCGCUGACUUUCUCGGCCAUGUACAUGGGAAUGAGUCCGUUUGAUGCGCCGGCGACCUACUCCUUGCUGCAGUAUGCAGAGUAUGCAAAGGGCAUCUGGUAUCCGAUCGGAGGCUUCUACAAGGUGGUGGAGGCCAUCGAGACGAUUGCCAGGGACAAGUUUGCGGUCGAUUUCCGAUACGAAACGAAUGUCAAACGCAUCGUGAUUGAUGAGCGCAAAGGUGCUGCCAAGGGCGUCGAGUUGGAUUCCGGUGAGGUGUUGCAAGCCGACGUUGUGGUUAGCAAUGCCGAUCUGGUAUGGACAUACAACAACCUCCUACCACCUUCAUCGUACGCCACUCGGUUGAAGAGCAAAGACCAGACGUGUUCUUCGAUCUCGUUCUACUGGGCGCUCUCUUCUGUCGUUGAAGAACUCGGGGGGCACAACAUCUUCCUCGCCGAUGCGUACCAAGAAUCGUUCGACGAAAUCUUCCGGGAUGGAGACACGCCCUCGGAGCCAUCGUUCUACGUCAAUGUUCCGUCACGGCUCGAUGCGAGUGCUGCACCUGCUGGCAAGGACACGCUGGUGAUUCUGGUUCCCUGUGGGCCGAUCAGCAUUCCAGAGAAGCCGUGCGCCGAUCCAGCCAAAGGUGCACGCACGCGCGAUCAGUUUGCGGCAACCGUACAACGUGCUCGAACCCAAGUGAUCGCCACGCUAUCCAAACGACUGAAUCGACCUGACUUUGAAUCGCUGAUCCAACACGAGAUCGUCAACGACCCAUUCGACUGGGCGGACAAAUUCAACCUCUUCCGAGGCUCCAUUCUCGGACUGAGCCACACGAUUCCGCAGGUGCUCUGGUUCCGACCUUCGAUCCAACAUGCCAAGUACAACAAUCUCUUCUUCGUUGGAGCGUCUACACAACCGGGAACGGGGGUUCCCGUCGUAGUGGCCGGAAGUGGCGUGGUCGCGCACAGAGUGACGGCGUUCUUGGAGGGCAGAGAAAAAGGCUGGUUGAGUUGGGAGGCGAUUCGCGGCAGCAUCUUUCUCGCCUUGUUGGCCAUGGUCGGUGUCAUGUUCGCCGGUUUUGCCGCCGCAUUCAUCUUGCUAGGCUUGGUAAUCGCCGUCUCCGUGCAUCUCUUGGGUUUCGCUGAUGUACCCGGUUUGGUCCGCGGCAAGGUCAUGCUCGAGUAG